UUCUGAAUCCGGUUCCGGCGUGCCGACGACACCGAUGCCCGUGCCCACAGACCGAUCACAGGGCUUUUACCCGAACAGCACUGAAUUGUAGCAGCUGAGAGACGGAUGCGGAGCGAGGCUCGCCAAACCCAGAGGAUUUCUCACGGCUCACGGACUAGAAUGUUCUUCUCUGUGCAUCCACAUGAACGGAUGACAACCUCCAAACAAACCUAUACUGAAAACUUUCAGCUGUUCGUUUGACGCGGGGGUGUUAUUGAGAUUUUUUUUUUCCCCACCAGGUUCAAGAAACAGACAUGCAGGUGCAAACUGUGGGCUAACGUUACUGAAAUGACUUGCUGGGCGCUGACGCGUUUCAUUGUGCCAUGACAACCCUGCAUUGUCAGAUGCCAUUUUACUCUGCGCUAUCCCAGCGUCUGGAAUUCCAACAUAUUGGGCCUGUUGUGUAAUUAGAAGUUCGUGAGGCAGCAGCAAACAAGCUGGUGCAAUGAGAAGCUACGCUGUCCAAUACAUUGUACGCAAUUUGUGCUGAAGCUUAUGGGUCCUGCGUACUCAAGCUCCCGGCUUCCACUUGGAGAGGUGUGCAGGGGGGCUACAGCGCACUGGCUGUCGGCUUCACAUCUGGACCGCUUGGCUACUGUCAUCUGCGGCCUGUUCGGACUGUGCACACCCUGAACUUGUACGAUUAAGGGGGACUGGCUGUGAUCGCCUCGGAUGGUGUCGUGUUAGGGAGAAGGGGGGCUAUUUUGGCUGGGACUUGACGUUAUAGGUGAUCCACUGGAACACCGAGGUCCAAAGCUGGACUGGCUGAGUACUCAAGAAAAAAAAAACGCUUAUCCAGCUAUGGAUUUUCCGUAGCGAAGUCACGCAUUUUUAAAGGCAACGCUAGGGUGACAUUGCAGUCUUCUCGCCACAUCGGUUAUUUCGUCGUCCGACAAAAAAUAAAAGAGUGAAAGUGGAGUAUUGUCCGUCGUACGUAUCAACGCAGUGGGAUUUCUACGUCUGGUCGGCGUUCCCCCCCACCCUUCCCGCGGUGACGGUUAUGGGUCGGAAGCGGUGUGUCGGUGCAGAUUGUUCCAAGAUGGCGGCCGGGUGCUGCGGGGUGAAGAAGCAGAAACUGUCGGGAUCGCCCGGAUCAGGGGGUCCCGGCGGGGUGGGGGCGGGAAGCGGGGUGGCAGGAACCGGACAUUGUGGCUCGGAGCUGGGGAUUGGCUCCUCCGCGACGGUUGCAGCAGCGGCGAGUGUGAGCAGAGCCAACGGCCUGGGGGGACCCGGGGGUAACGUUAGCGGCAGCAGUAGUAGUAGUGGUAGCAGCGGCACAAACGCUCUGUCCCCAGCCCCGGCCGGAUACACUACAUCCGGCCUCUCCCCGAAUCUCAGCCCAGGACCUGGUUCGGGAAGUGGAGGCAGAAAAAUGGUCGUUUCCGCGGAGAUGUGCUGCUUCUGUUUUGACGUACUUUAUUGCCAUCUGUACGGAUACCAACCUCCGAGAACACCCAGGUUUACAAAUGAUCCCUACCCGCUGUUUGUCACAUGGAAAAUAGGCAGAGACAAGCGGUUGAGGGGUUGUAUAGGUACAUUUUCUGCCAUGAAUCUGCACUCAGGACUCAGGGAGUACACCCUUACCAGUGCCCUUAAAGACAGCCGUUUCCCCCCUAUGACAAGGGAUGAGCUGCCUCGCCUCUUCUGCUCAGUGUCUCUUCUCACCAACUUUGAAGACGUCGGUGAUUACCUUGACUGGGAGGUGGGUGUUCACGGUAUUAGGAUAGAGUUUUUCAAUGAAAAAGGAUCAAAACGCACCGCCACCUACCUACCAGAGGUUGCAAAGGAGCAAGGUUGGGACCACAUUCAAACCAUAGAUUCCUUACUACGAAAGGGAGGUUAUAAAGCUCCCAUCACAAAUGACUUCAGGAAGACCAUUAAGUUAACCAGGUACCGUAGCGAGAAGAUGACGAUGGGCUAUGCAGAGUACAUCGCCCACCGCCAGCACCAUCACUACCAGAAUGGCAUUGGGCACCCUCUACCACCCUACAACCAUUAUUCCUGACAGCGAGCCGCAUGACCAAUCAUUGGACCUCUCCGCGGACCUUUUCCCAGGAGAGCCCGCCCCCUCCUGGUCUAGCUAUUUCUACUACUGUACCAUUUUAUGAUGAUAGUUUCCGUUGCCAUGCUGGCCGUCUCCCAGACGUUGACAUGGCAACGGGUGGCAACGAAGCAUUAUUUGAUUACGGCAAGAAAUCCACGUUUCCUUUUCUUUGCCUGUGGUUAAGUUUUUGCAGCAUAUGUAUUCCUAUAUCUGUAAUCCCCGUUCAUUGAUAUUUUUGAAAUUUAAUCAAAUGUUAGAUUUUAUUAACCUUUUCAGCAAACCUAAUCAGGUGUUUGAUUCUGUGGAUGGAAGGAAGUCUCUUACAGUGGGUUAGUCUCGCGCUUCUAUUGUUUAGGCUUUGCUACAAUUUUACAUUUACUAAGACUUUUUUUUUUCUUAAUCUUUACGUUAACUUACUAUCAGAACAUGUAAUACCAUGUAGCAAGGCAACUGCAGUUCUCAAAGGCUGUCGUCUCUUCUUGAUUCCUCUCAAAAACAAACAAACAAAAAAAAAAAAGACUGAGGUUUGUUUUAGCUUGUAAACUCUUGUAGUGUUGUAGUUGGAACUAUGUAUUGGAAUAUGUAUACUCCAAAGUAUAGAUGGUAGGAUUGUGGGGACCAGACUUUGCUGGUAAUAUUUAUUGAUUGAGCUCACAAUUGUGUGUCAUUUCUGUGUGUGGAUAUAGGCAUUGGUCUGCCACUAGAAAUUGGAUUCUACCUAAAGAUUCCCUACAGAAGAGUUUGGAAACCUCCCCCUCUGAGUGUUUGUAGUGUUUUGUGGUGGAACCUCUUAAACCUUGAACUGCGUUUGUUUGGCUAGAGCUUAUAGCUAUUUUUUUUUUUUGUUUUUUUUAAAGCUUUUCUUUUAAACUUUCUCAAAUUUAAGGCAACUGCUGGAGGAAGCCAUUUUGUCCAGGGAUAAUCUAGUCUCCUUGAUUUGUCAGUGUAAAAUUCCCUGCAUUGGAGAGGGGGAGCGGUUACAACUACA